UUUCUUACGAACACAUCCGGUUGUUGUCUUGUGAAAGGGUUUUAAUCACAUAAGGCAAACAGAAUCUUGGCGGCAAUGUUGUUAUUGAUCACAAGAGCAGAUCAGAGUAGAUUGAAAUAUUAUCCUGUAACAGAAAAUAUAAUAUGCUAAGAGGCUAUAUGCAUUUAAGCGAGAAAAUUUACAGCUGCGCUGUAUUCCCUAGCGAUUUCAAAUUGAGAAACAUCACUCUUUGCCCAAGAGAAAAGCGGCGUGACUGGAUAGCGUUACAAAACCUAUUCAUUUGGGUGUGUGACUCAAUGAUUGCCCCGUAACAGUACUGAAAGAUUUCCGUUUCAAUCGUUGUUUAAUAGUCGACAUGACUUUUGGGCCAUUGGGCCACAAACGUCUUCUCAGCUGGGUGAUAUGAAGACUUACAAACUUCAGCUCUGGGUUUUAACACAGUAUAUUUUCAUUGGUGGUCUUGACCAGUAUUGCCGUGGGAUCAUUUUUUCAGGGGCAUCCGCGGACGAGGUCAAAGAUGGCGUGGAGAGCAGGAGUUCUAGUCGCUCCGGCUCUGAAAGCCCGGAGUCACACAGAAGCAGCCUUUUGACGGCUUUACAAACGAUACAAAGAGGGAUGACCAAUAAUCAUGCCUACUGUUCUUCUAAUCAGUCGGUGAUUCUUGACAUUGCUUUCCAGAACGCACGCUGGAAAAGCGAAGCAUUACUUGCUGUCGAGGUUGCCAAUUUGUUGACUUCAUUAUGGCGCGUGAAAACAUCUGAUGGCCUCUCUAUGGUGGAAAAUGACACGCUCCUUUACAAUAUCGUUCGAUCGAACGUUCGAUUUUCGCCGUCCGUCUUUGGUUCAGUGAUUUGUUUUGAAAGAGACCAGUAUCGAGACUACGAAGGGUUUUGUCCGUACGCAUUCAGAGACAAAGCGUACAAUGGUAUCAUCCAUGUGAAAGACAUCUCUGUUGGCCACGAUUAUCUGAACAGCACCGAAACCAUUUGGUGGAGGGAACCACGCAAAAUAAAUUUAAACCGAAAGGCGAAAUUAGACACAGAAAUCUACACAGUCCGUCUGAACCAAUCGACGGCAGAUGCUUCGCGCAAUGUAUCAGUACCGGUCGUGGAGUACGAGGAAGACGGUUUCUGGACUCGGCCUUACUUCGAUUGCUUCGGUGGUGAAAUUUGGAUGAUAACAUUUCUCGCCCCGUUUUUUAACGAGUCCAACCAAUUUCUCGGUGUAGUAAGUAUAGACGUUGAGUUGAGCAGCAUCGAUAUAAACCAGUGUGAUGCCCAGGACUCGUCUUUGACGGACAGCGGAGGGAAGAAUGGAAACAGUGACAGAACUGGAAGUACAGACUCUGUGAAGCUUCUCGAUUUUCUUGGCACGCACAAAUGUAAGAAAUCGACACAGUGUGAGCCAAUCGCCAACCAAGGUUUCAAACGAGGCAGCUAUCGCUGUACUUGCAAACGAGGCUACUAUUACUCAGGCCCCGACUCCGACUCAAAAGCGUUCAACGGCAGCAUCAUUGAAGAGGAAUAUGACAAGAAACAGAAAGGACUGUCGUCUUCUUAUGACGAUGAGUUUGAGUGCAUGCCUUGUAGUGAGGGUUGCGAGGAAUGCGAGGAUGACAGCCCGUGUGUGUAUAAAGUGAAAAUUACCCCAAGGGUAAUUCUUAUCACUAUUGAUGGUGUGGCAGCGCUGCUGGCCUUAGUUAUCGGAGCUCUGGUUUUAAUCUACAGGGAAAGCAAGGUAAUCUUGUUCGUCGAGAUUGCUUCUGUGGUCCUAGCCUGCAGAACAGGCGGAUUAGCGGGAGAGAGAGAGCGAAACGGGAAACACGAUUGCGGAGCGCGACCACGAGUGCGAGACGACUCGUAUUUCGCUCUCCGACCCGCUAAUCCGCCAAUUUUGCAGGCUAGGUCUACCCCCGGUGUAGUAAGUAUAGACGUUGAGUUGAGCAGCAUCGAUAUAAACCAGUGUGAUGCCCAGGACUCGUCUUUGACGGACAGCGGAGGGAAGAAUGGAAACAGUGACAGAACUGGAAGUACAGACUCUGUGAAGCUUCUCGAUUUUCUUGGCACGCACAAAUGUAAGAAAUCGACACAGUGUGAGCCAAUCGCCAACCAAGGUUUCAAACGAGGCAGCUAUCGCUGUACUUGCAAACGAGGCUACUAUUACUCAGGCCCCGACUCCGACUCAAAAGCGUUCAACGGCAGCAUCAUUGAAGAGGAAUAUGACAAGAAACAGAAAGGACUGUCGUCUUCUUAUGACGAUGAGUUUGAGUGCAUGCCUUGUAGUGAGGGUUGCGAGGAAUGCGAGGAUGACAGCCCGUGUGUGUAUAAAGUGAAAAUUACCCCAAGGGUAAUUCUUAUCACUAUUGAUGGUGUGGCAGCGCUGCUGGCCUUAGUUAUCGGAGCUCUGGUUUUAAUCUACAGGGAAAGCAAGAUUCUGCUUAGCCUGAGGAACGCGAACUUUGACGACGGGCUUUUGGUUACCACGCCUUUUUCUGUUUUUGCUUUCAGGGUAUCGACAUCGUUCCGUGUUCGUUCUCCAAGACGGGUGGACGUGACAGAAAGCAUGAUGGCGAGUCGCCUAGCCAUACUGUGUACCGCAGUUAUCAUCUAUCUUAUCGUCUGGACCUUAUUCAUGCGUCCACACGUGGUCCAUGGCAAAAGCGAUCUGCGAUUUACACAGUGCUCCUAUGAUGACGUCAUGGCAUACGUCAGUGUGUCCGGCGAUUUUAUUCUUUUGGUGGGCUCCAUGUUUUUGUGCUUCCGGGUUCGAAAUGCUCCAUCAGCCUACAACGAAACCAGAUUCAUUUCUUGGGCAGUUUACAAUGCCAUGUUUAUCACGUGUUUUGUCGGCGUGUUGAGGAUUCUGACAGUCAACAACACCAAUCCCGACAUUCUGUUCGCGACGGAAUUUAUUCUCAUCCAGAUGACGGCUACCGUGACGGUAUUGCUGCUGUUUAUACCAAAGUUCGUGUUAUUACGUAAGAUAAGUGGACAAGAGAUCAGUCGGCGAUUAACUGGCCAUCCGAGAGGUUCAAUCCAGACCCCUAACGGCAGUUGCUUGAAUGAUGCGGCCACUUUGGAGAGAGAAAACGAAGAUUUAAAGGAUGAAGUCAAGAGACUGGCUCUAAAGGUGGCCUAUCUGCAUUCUUGUCUCAUGAAGGACAAAAAUAAACAUUUAAAGAGUGCUAGCAACAGUCUUUGUCGAGUUCGCGCCGCUACCAUGGAUGACUUUAACGAUAGUACGCUGAAAAAAAUGUCUUCAUCACCGGUUUCCAGGUUCCUGAGUUCGCACGUCUGAGAGAGGACUAGGGACUAAUUUUCUCGUCAUUGCCUGCCGGUGUUUCGAUGUACUUUUCAUAUCGCCCGGUACGGGUUGCUGGAUGCACCGCCUAUCUAACACAUCUCUAAGAAGUUUAAAAAGCUCAUUUUGAAUCCUUUUGUUUUAGAGCUUAAGGUAAAUUUUUAUAUUACUGGCAAGACGCUGAGAUCAAUUGGUAGCAAUAGGCACCUAAGUCCUUUCACAAUUUAAUUUCAACCCAGUCAAGUGACCUUGUCAAUCACAGAAUAUGUCCGUGAAGCAAAAUGGUGCUAGGAAAAGGAAAUGCACG